AUGACUAUAGUAGUACCGGCUGUGGACCCACUGACCGGACAGCCCAUGGCAUCGAUGAUGAGCCCCCGCACCGACAUGUCUGCCGCCAAUGUCUACGAAGGUGUGGCCAAUAGUGUGGAUCAGUUCCUCAACUCGGACUCAAUGUUCCCGCAGAUGUUGGACACACUGAAAGUCACUCAACGAUAUCCAUCUGUUUCUGGCCUUCAAGACAACGAUUAUCCCAAUCUGAACGAAAUGGGAAGCAGUGGUCAGUCGUUAUCAUUACCACAAUUCACUCCUUUGCAGACCAUUCCUCUGCCGAAGGGAUUACUCGAACAGUUCUCUCACAUACAACAGAACUGUGAGAUGGGAAUCAUGCCGGAGAUCGGGAGGGCGUGGGUCGCCAUCGACUGCUAUAUAUAUCUCUGGAAUUACGAC